CACACACACACACACACACACCAAGGUCUUCUCUAUUCCUUCUUCAUCACACACCACGCACGCAAUCACUUUCUCUCUCUAAAACCAAUACGCGCACUCAAUCUCUCUCUCUCUAAACUCAAUUUCUCAGAAUUUUCUCCCUUUUCUAUUUAUUCCCAUUUUCCCUCACUCCUUUUCUUUCCUCCCAAAAUAUUUCCUCUCUCGUUUUCAUGUCGGACAAGGGUCGUCCACUACCAAAAUUUGGUGAAUGGGAUGUCAAUGAUCCGGCCUCUGCUGAGGGGUUCACAGUGAUUUUCAAUAAGGCCAGGGAUGAAAAAAAGACUGGUGGCUCUGAGUCACCAGGAAAGACUGCCACUAAAACUCAAAGCAAACCUGCAUUAGAUCCUGGCAAACCUCAAAGUAAAAAAUGGUUUUGCUGCGUAAACCCUCCUGCAGAAUCAUAGCCAGUGCUGCUCUUGUGAAAAGCUUGGACAAAAGAACAAUGUUUGUGUGACUAGCUCCCCCCGCAGUAUUUUCUUGGAGAUAUAGAAGCUUUUGAGCCAUAAGUGAAUUCUACUAGAAUUUAGAUUAUGUGGUGUAAAACUGAGCUGCAAUGGGGGAAAGCAAAGAAGACAGACUAUUAUUUAUAUUUGUGUGUAUCAAUGUUGUGGUUUAUUAUUAUUAGGAGCCAAGGUUGCUUCCUGUUUUGCCUUGUCUUGCUCUGAGCUAGAGCUGCUUGUCACAUUGUAUUCCUUGUAUUAUCAAACAAAUCCUAUUUUAUAAAUUCCUUUGAAUA